UUAGGGUAAACCACAGCAAGUCUAGCCGCCCUUGCCAAAGACAUUCUGUCACCUGCUGCGAAUCCCCCCAAAUGGACACGGCAAGCAUGUGCACCGUGGAGAGGCGCGGCCGCGUCCACCUCAUCACCCUCACCGGCGCCGGCGAGCACCGCCUCGGCCCAGCCCUCAUCUCGGCCAUCCGCGCCGCCGUGGCCGCCUCCCCCGGCGCCGGCGCCCUCGUCCUGGCCGCCGAGGGCAAGUACUUCUCCAACGGCUUCGACCAGGCCUGGGCGCGCACGGUCCCGCCCCACCUCCACACCGCCAUGAGCGAGGCCUUCCGGGGCCUCGUCGCCGACCUGCUCGCGCUCCCCAUGCCCACCGUGGCCGCCGUCACGGGCCACGCCGCCGCUGCCGGCUGCGCGCUGGCCCUCGCGCACGACUCCGCCGUCAUGCGCGCCUCCCGCGGGUUCCUGUACAUGAGCGAGGUCGACGCCGGCAUCAAGAUCGUCGACUACUUCGCGGAGCUGCUCCUGCAGAAGGUCCCCGACGCCGCGGCCAGGCGGGACAUGCUCCUCCGGGGGGACAAGAUGACGGCCGCGGAGGCGGUGCGGCGGGGCCUGGUGGACGCGGCCGCGGACGGCGGCGUCGACGACGUGGUGGCCGCGGCCGUCGCGGCGGCCGAGGGGCUCGCGGCCAGGGGGUGGGACGGGGAGGUCGUGGCCGAGAUCAGGAAGGCCAUGUGGCCCGCCGUGUGGGCCAAGGUCAAGGACCACGGCGCCGGCGCGGCGGCGGCCCGGCCGCGGCUGUAGGCUCCUCUGCUUCGGAAGGAUCGCUCUGAAUCUGUAGCAUGUCGUAGACACCUACUAGGAACAGAAAUAAUCGGCUGGAACUGCUGUCUGGCCAGAAGAAAUCGCGCUGGUGAACUGUGAUCGGGCGGUGUGCUGGUGGUUUUCCUUGUGUGAUGUAUUGAUCUCGCUUCUGGUUUCAUUUCUUGAGAGUUGAGACCGACCGAAGCUUCUUGCUGAUGGAUUUUAGCUUGUGAAGGAUGAACAUGGGCACUCACUUCACAAUAAGCGAGUUCUUGCUUGUGACUA